GAAGAGCGGUCAUCAAUGGCGGAUCACAGCAUCAGACUCACGACCCUCUCUGCUUUCCUUGUCCUGUUCGUCCUUCUCCUGCAAUCUCACAUCGCAAUCUCUCAAGAAGAAGUCGAUGACGAGAUGGAGUUCAGCUACGAGAAAGGGAGCGAGGUGGGGCCGGAGCACUGGGGGCACAUCCACAAGGAGUGGGCGGCCUGCAGCAAAGGCCGGAUGCAAUCGCCGGUGGACCUCUCCCACGAGCGCGUCCAGGUUCUGCCCCUCCUGGGCCGCCUCCGCCGUUCCUACCGCCCCGUCCCCGCCGUGCUCAAAAACCGCGGCCACGACAUCAUGCUCCGGUUCGAAGGCAACGCCGGAAGUGUGCGAAUCGACGGAAGCAAGUACGCUCUGAAGCAGCUGCACUGGCACUCGCCGUCGGAGCACACCAUCAACGGACGCAGGUUCCAUAUGGAGCUCCACAUGGUUCAUCAGACCGCCGACAACCGCACUGCCGUCGUUGGCAUUCUCUACACCCUCGGCCGCAGGGAACCCUUCCUCGCCAAGAUGGAGAGAUACAUCGAUAUGAUCAAAGACAAACAUGAAGCAGAGGAAGAGGUGGGCCUGGUGGAUCCAAGGGUUAUAAAGAGAGGGAGCAGGAAGUACUACAGAUACAUGGGCUCUUUAACCACACCCCCUUGCACUGAAGGUGUAGUUUGGACCAUCAUCAAGAAGGUUAGAACAGUGUCAAGGGAACAAGUAAGACGGCUGAGAGAAGCUGUUCACGAUCACGCGUCGAUGAAUGCAAGGCCAAUACAGGAAAUCAACAAUAGGGGGAUAGGUUUAUUUCGUCCUCGACGAAAAGGAAAUUGAUGAUUUGAUGGGUGUAUUUUUCUUUGUAUUUUAUCUUGUUUUUAUUCAAUGAAUAAAUGAGAAUAAGUGAUGGAAUUAA